CCUUGGCGGUGGAAUGCUGGCCCCGUCCCCGCUCAUGAUGUCUUUUGCUCCCUUGCAGGAUUCUGGGGGAGGGAAAUGCCGGGCUUAUGGGUUUGGCAACGGAAUCGACCCCGGGCAAACGCAUCCGCAAACCCUCGCUGCUUUACGAGGGCUUCGAGAGCCCCACCAUGGCCUCGGUGCCAGCCCUGCAGACCCCCCAGGCGAACCCCCCUCCACCGGAGGUCUCGAACCCCAAAAAGCCUGGCCGGGUCACCAACCAGCUGCAGUACCUGCACAAAGUGGUGAUGAAAGCCCUGUGGAAGCACCAGUUCGCUUGGCCUUUCCGUCAGCCCGUCGACGCCGUCAAGCUGGGUCUGCCGGAUUACCACAAGAUCAUCAAGCAGCCCAUGGACAUGGGGACGAUCAAGCGGCGCUUGGAGAACAACUACUACUGGGGGGCAGCUGAGUGCAUGCAGGACUUCAACACCAUGUUCACCAACUGCUACAUCUACAACAAGCCCACAGAUGACAUCGUGCUGAUGGCCCAAACCCUGGAGAAGAUCUUUCUGCAGAAGGUGGCCCAGAUGCCACCAGAAGAGCAGGAGAUCGUGGUCCCAGUGGCCAAGAACAGCCACAAGAAGGGAGCAUCGCGGGCGGCAGCGCUCCUCGCAGGCCUCACAGCUGCUCAGCAAGUGCCGGCUGUCUCCUCUGUGUCCCACACUGCUGUGUACACCCCGAGCCCCGACAUUGCCACCACCAUCGUCAACAUUCCCCACCCGUCCGUCAUCUCCGCUCCGCUCCUCAAAUCGCUGCACUCCGCUGCCCCGGCCGUGCUGGCUGCGCCUGCGCCCACCCAACCCGUGGCCAAGAAAAAGGGUGUGAAGCGGAAAGCAGACACCACCACCCCCACCACCACCGCCAUCAUCGCCACCAGCGGUGAAUCCUCCCCGUCGGCCACGCUGCUGGAGGCCAAGGCGGCCAAAAUCCCCGCGCGGCGCGAGAGCGGCCGCCCCAUCAAACCCCCCAAGAAGGACUUGCCGGAUUCCCAGCAGCACCAAACCUCCAAAAAGGGCAAAUUGUCAGAGCAGCUCAAAUACUGCAAUGGCAUCCUGAAGGAGCUGCUCUCCAAGAAGCACGCCGCCUACGCGUGGCCCUUCUACAAGCCGGUCGAUGCCUCGGCGCUGGGGCUGCACGACUACCACGAGAUCAUCAAACACCCCAUGGACCUCAGCACCAUCAAGCGGAAGAUGGAGAACCGGGACUACCACGACGCGCAGGAGUUUGCUGCCGAUGUCCGGUUAAUGUUCUCCAACUGCUACAAAUACAACCCGCCCGACCACGACGUGGUGGCCAUGGCCCGCAAGCUGCAGGACGUCUUUGAGUUCAGCUACGCCAAGAUGCCCGAUGAGCCGCAGGACGCCAGCCCGCCCUCAGUGUCCGCCCCGCUGCUUGGAGCCCUGUCCAAAUCCUCUUCCGAGGAAUCCUCCAGCGAUGAGGAUGAUGAAGAUGAAGACGAUGAGGAUGAUGAUGAGGAUGAGAGCAGCAGCGAGAGCUCGUCGGAGAGCGAGGAGAGCUCUGACUCAGAGGAGGAACGCGCCAACCGCCUGGCAGAGCUGCAGGAGCAGCUGCGGGCCGUGCACGAGCAGCUGGCUGCCCUCUCACAGGGCCUUUCCAAACCCAAAAAGAAGCGGGAGAAAAAGAAAAAGAAGAAAUCAGAGAAGCACAAAGGGAGAGGAGGAGACGAGGAGAGCCGGGCGCGUCAGGCUCAGCUCCGCAAAGCCAAGAAGGGCGGCGGCGGGGGGAUCAGCGGGGGCAGCUCCAAGAAUUCAAAGAAAGCAGCAAAAGCGACGCUGCCGCCUCCACCCGCCCUCUAUGAUUCAGAGGAGGAAGAGGAGAGCAAACCGAUGACGUACGACGAGAAGAGGCAGCUGAGUCUGGACAUCAACAAACUGCCCGGGGAGAAGCUGGGCCGUGUGGUGCACAUCAUCCAGUCCCGGGAGCCCUCACUGCGUGAUUCCAACCCCGAGGAGAUCGAGAUCGACUUUGAGACCCUCAAACCCUCCACGCUGCGUGAGCUGGAGCGCUACGUGCUGUCCUGCCUGCGGAAGAAACCCCGCAAACCCUAUAGUGAGACCAUGAAGAAGCCAGUGGGGAAGACGAAAGAGGAACUGGCACUGGAGAAGAAGCGAGAGCUGGAGAAACGGCUGCAGGACGUCAGCGGGCAGCUCAACUCCGCCAAGAAACCCCCAAAAAAGGCCAACGAGAAGCCCGAGUCGGCGCAGCAGGUGGCCGUUUCGCGGCUCAGCGCCUCCAGCUCCAGCUCCGACUCCAGCAGCUCCAGCUCCAGCUCCUCGUCCUCGGACACCAGCGACUCGGAUUCGGGUUAAACCCCACAGCACCGCAUGGGGCGACAUGCCGAGCAGCUCUGCAGGACCGGGCUGGCGUGGAGCGGACUGAGAGCCCCCCAACAGCCCAGGGGACACCCCAUGGACUCAGCUGGGGGUCCCGGUGUGACCGGAGGCCCCUGAGCAUCCCCAAGGGCAGUGUGGGGCUGUG